AUGCCAUCAGUUGUGAUGUCAAUCAUGCAAGGACCGCUUUGUGGUGCCUUAGCUAACAUGCUACUGUAUGGGGUCAUCUGCAUGCAGACCUUUCGUUACUGGCAGGCAUACGAGCAUGACAGGAACAUUCUGAAGUGUCUGGUAGCGUUCAUCUUGAUUCUCGAGACUGCUCAUACAGCAUUGACAAUAUAUACCGUUGAGUUUUAUCUCAUCAUGCAUUUUGGAGAUACAACAAGCUUGGAAUAUGCAAUGUGGUGCGUCAAUUUCUUUAUACUUCUAUUCCGGUUCAUUCAUUGCUUCAUCUGGCGAGUACUGCAGCUUUCGCAAAAACGCUGGAUUGCUGUUUGCUUUGUAAGAUACAUAUCUAUGAGAUCGAAAUUUUCUGCUCAUGCCCUUGUCAUAAUCUUCGAAGAACGCGUCUAUCCAACUAUGGUGGUUGGAUGGGUGCUUUCAGCAGGGGUCGACAGUGCGAUUGCGUUUACACUAUGCCUUUACCUUCGAAAACUUAGCCCAAUUCUACGUCAAAUUUACCUUGUUGCCUUUAGAACUGACAACGUCCUCAACUGCCUCCUAUUGUAUACCAUCAACACUGGUGCUAUCACAUCGUUUUGUGCAGUUCUGGUAGUCAUCAUGUUUCUCGGUCUACCAAACAAUCUCGCGUUCGUUGGGUUUGUCCAAGUCCAGAGCGAACGUCUGUCCGAUUCAGUUGCCACCCUUAAUUCCUAG